AAAGCGAUAAUAAUAAUAAACAUAAUAACAUGUACUGCACUCUCACAAACCUCAAACCUUAAACCUGUUCUGUCGCCUCUCAUCGCAUUUCAUCUCAACAACCUUCUUCUUCUCUCUCUCUCUCUCUCACUCUUUCUCUCUUUUUCCGCUUUCCAGCUUAUACGUCGUCGUUUCGAUACCAAAAUGCUCGGUUCCCGAUUCUGCCUCCGCACCGUAUCCGGCAUGGGCUCCGCCGCCGCCGAUCACACGAAUGCCGCUGCCACCACCGCCCGCUCCUUUCCGAACUCCGUCGCCGUCGAUUUCUCGCCGCUCCGCCUCACGCCGCUCCGCUCCCGCCGCCACCGCCACCGCAGAUCGAUCCUCAUUUCCUGCAAUUCCUCCCGCCGUAGAUCCAACUCCGACGAUUCUCACGGCAGCGAUUAUCUCGAAGCGUCUCUCCUUCUCUCAGAAACAUUCUCCCACUAUCAUAUGUGGAAGCAUAGGUUUCAAUGGAAUUCCUCUGCACCGUCGAUUCCAUUCUCCGCAACGGAUGAUACUUUAUUAAGACACGCUUUUCUGCAGCGUUUUCAGAACCCUACAAUUUUUCUCAGGAUUUCUUGUGAUGGAGACUAUAUUCUACCCAUUGUUGUAGGACAGAUAGCUAUUGAGAAACUUAUGGAUGCUGAAUUUGAACAAGAAAGUGGGGAUUGCCCAGAUCAGUUCCAGUUUGUGAAAAACCUAGUCGGAAGACUAGACCAUGAAGUGAUAAUGGUGAGAAUUACAGAGAGAGUGGUUAGCACUUACUUUGCCAGAUUGUACCUUAGCCAGCCUGGGAAAACUGAUCUUAUCAGUGCGGAUGCACGUCCCUCAGAUGCCAUUAAUGUUGCACAUAGAUGGAAGGCUCCAAUAUAUGUAAGUAAAGAAAUUGUUUUCACAGAUGCGAUCAGAAUUGGUUAUGGAAUGAGCAGAGUGCAAAAUAAAAAGGCUAUUUAUGACGUAUUGCUUGACAGUCCUUUAGAUGGUCCAGAUUUGGUAGCUCAAGAACUAAGUAUGAUGCACAAUAUGCAUAUAGCUAUCAAACAGGAAAGAUUUAGAGAUGCAGCUAUAUGGAGAGACAAACUUGCAAAUCUUCGUAACUCAGCCCAAGAGCACUAAUUAGCUUGUUAGGUUAAGUUCUGAAGAAGAAUGCAUGGGUAUUAUUAUGGGUAUCUUAUUCCUGAUCAUUUUUCAACAGGUAUAUAUAUUGGGGUACAAGUUACAGAAAUGAAGGAAACUAGCCAAACUAAGUGUUGUACAGCUGUGUAUUAUAGUCAUCGGCCCCAUUUUAUGUACAUCAAAUGUAUUUAAAUGCCCUAAACCUCGUAGAAGAGAUUGUCGUGCUUCUACCAAUUCUCAGAAAUGACAACGAUGAUCUUGUAUGUAUGCAAUCCUGGACAUGAUCAUUAAUGAGAAUUAGCUCCUGGUUGUUUUAGAGUAA